UGCUUGUUUUGACAGCGUUCUAUCAUUCUAUGUUCUAUGCUAUAUGGAUUUUUGGUAAUCCAAGUGGAAUAAAUAACCUAACCUUGUUUGCUUUGAUAUUUUAAUAAUAGACGAAAAAUAUAUUAUAUUCGUUAAAUAUGGAAGAACCAGCUAAUACUGAUUCACUAUCAAUGUUAGCUGAUAUGCAAGAUUCACCUCAAAAUGAAAAUAUGACUUCAGAAUCUAAUUUAGACCCACCAGGAACACAAGAAUGGGCAAAUGAUGACUUCGAUUCUGAAGACCCUGUCCCUUCAGCACAACUGCCAUCUCUUCUAUCACUAAAAGUUAUUCCACCAGAACAAAUAAAUACACAAGAAUCAUCUGAAGUAGUUCUUCCACAAGCUUUAGAAGAAGUUCUCGCUUUAAAAAGUCAGAGGCAAUUGGAGCUUGGUAAUGAAAUAGAUGCUGCGAAUACAGAAAAUCAACAAAAUCAAAAGAGUUCUGAGAAGGAACCUCUUUGGGAGAAGGAUGAUAAUGUGGAUGUUGUUCCUGAUGCAGUGGUAACCUCAUAUAAAGUUCCAAAAGAGAAGGAGGUAAAAGACAAAUAUAGUAAAAAUAAGAAGAAGAAAAACAAGAAAAAGAACAGGAGACUUAAAGCCAAUGAGGAAAAAGAGGACAAUAAAAAGAAUGGAGAAAAAGAAGUAAACUUAGUAAAUGAACUAGAAAAUGUCGAAAUAGAAUACGUUCAAGAAACUAUUGGACUACAUGAACUAGCUCCACAAUACAGGCAGUUUUACAGUAUUUUUGAAUCAUUUAAAAUAUCAGAUCAAAAGGCAGAUAUUGCUCCGCCCACUUUAGCUUUGCCCACAUCCUUGUCAAGUAAGACAGUCGCUGUAGCUGAAGAUGUUGAUGAUAUGGAUGAUAUGGAAGAGAAAAAAUUGGAAGAUAAGUCCAAAUUAUCAAAAAGAAAGAUGAAGAAGCUGACUAGAUUAAGUGUUGCAGAAUUAAAACAAUUGGUUCAAAGACCAGACGUUGUUGAAAUGCAUGAUGUUACCGCAAGAGAUCCUAAAUUAUUAGUACAGCUUAAAGCUCAUAGAAAUACAGUUCAGGUUCCGAGGCAUUGGUGUUUUAAACGUAAAUAUCUACAAGGAAAGCGUGGUAUUGAAAAGCCUCCAUUUAAUCUUCCAGAUUUUAUAAAAAAGACUGGUAUUAUGGAAAUGAGAGCAUCUCUUCAAGAUAAAGACGAAGCUAAAACUUUAAAGGCAAAAAUGCGAGAGAGGGCUAGACCAAAGCUUGGAAAAAUCGAUAUUGACUACCAAAAACUACACGAUGCAUUCUUUAAAUGGCAAACAAAGCCAAAGAUGACUAUUCAUGGAGACCUCUAUUAUGAAGGAAAAGAAUUUGAGACAAGAUUGAAAGAAAAAAAGCCUGGUGAUCUCAGUGAGGAAUUAAGAACUGCUCUUGGUAUGCCAGUCGGUCCAAAUGCUAAUAAGGUUCCUCCUCCAUGGUUAAUUGCCAUGCAACGUUAUGGUCCCCCUCCAAGCUAUCCUAAUCUAAAAAUCCCAGGUUUGAAUGCACCAAUUCCCGAAGCUUGUGCUUUUGGUUAUCAUGCAGGCGGUUGGGGUAAACCUCCUGUUGACGAAAACGGUAAACCGUUAUAUGGUGAUGUCUUCGGUACGAACUCAAGUAACAUGGAUGACAUCGGAGAAGACCCCAACAUUGAUAGGUCUCUUUGGGGAGCAUUAGAAUCAGAAUCUGAAGAAGAGAGCGAAGAAGAGGAAGAAGAGCAAGAAAAAGAAGCACCGAUUGUUGAUGAGUCUGGUCUAGUAACUCCAGCUGAAGGCUUAGUUACACCGAGCGGUAUAUCUAGCAUACCUGCUGGUAUGGAAACACCAGAAACUAUUGAGCUAAGGAAAAAGAAAAUUGAAAGUGAAAUGGAGGGAAGCGAGACCCCUGUUCUAUAUCAUAUAAUACCUGAGAAACGCAAUGAAAGAAUUGGAAAUGCCAUGAUGGGUAAUGUUCACACAUAUGAUAUGAGUAAUAUUGGUACUGUGGGAGCUCCAAUCACCAAGAGAGUUGAUCGAGAGGGCAUGGUCGAAUUGGCAUUGGAUCCAUCAGAAUUAGAUAUGGAUAGCGAUGCGAUGGCUGUAAGAUAUGAACAACAAAUGAGGGAAAAUCAAAGUCAGUUACAAAAGGAAGAUCUAAGUGAUAUGUUGGCGGAACAUGUUGCAAAACAAAAAAGUAAAAGAAAGAGACAGCAGCAGGAGACAAAACAGACAAAGAAAUAUAAGGAAUUUAAGUUUUAAGUUUGUGUUUGUAUAUAUUUUGUAUUUUUUUUAUCACUACUAUAAGUACUGUAAGUGAGACACUUUAUUAAAUGAUAAAUAACA